AUGGUCUCUCCUGCCAUUGCUCUGGCCUUCAUCCCCUUCCUGAUGACCCUCAUCAUCCGCUACCGCUACUACUUCCUGCUGUUCUGGCGGGCGGUGAUUCUCCGGAAGAUUCAGGACUAUUUGACUGGCUUGUCCAGGGAGGAGAGAGCCUUCCAGUACGUGAUGAUGCACAGCACCCCGGGGGAUCCUGAAAACAUCCUUAGCACCUUCGACACGUGGUGCUUUCACUCCGAAUACCUAAGCAAUGUUGGCCCAGAGAAAGGCAAGAUCCUGGAGAGACUCAUCUACGAGAACGUUCCCCUGACGGUCCUGGAGCUGGGGACUUACUGCGGUUACUCAGCUCUCCGCAUGGCCAGGAGCCUGUCCCUCAACGCCAGGCUGUAUACUGUGGAGAUGGACAAGGGGAACGCAGCAGUGGCUGAGAAGAUAAUCCGCUUGGCGGGAUUUGACGAGGACACGGUGGAACAGAUCAUUAGUCCAUCUGAUGUGGUGAUCCCUCACCUCAGAGAGAGGUUUGAAGUGGACAAGUUUGACUUUGUUUUCAUGAACCAUUGGAAACGCUGCUACCUGCGAGAUCUGCAGUUACUGGAAGACUACAACCUUCUGCAAGAGGGAUGCAUUAUAGUGGCGGACAAUGUGAUCUUCACCGGCGCUCCCCACUUCAUGCAGUAUGCCAAGAGCUGUGGGAAAUACAACUGGAAAAUUCACCGUACCCACCUGGAGUAUUUCCGACACAUCAGGGACGGAAUGGCUGAACUUACCUAUAUCGGGCUGAAGUAA